UAAUAGAAGCCUGGAAUAAGCUGUGCAGUACUAUUCCCCUCUGGACCUCAAACCUCAAUGCUUAACUGACCAACAAAGAUUUGACAGGAAAAAAGUUAACACACACCGGAAAUCAAUACAGCACAUGCUGUGCUUCGUCUCACUGGGAGUCUGCAAAUGCCUUGGCCUUUAUCGCAUUGAGUUGAGAAUUUCUAUGGCGGAGACAAAAACAUAUGGCAUGAAGAAGUGAUAUUGACUUGUUGUCCAUGACUGGACCGGUUGAAAAGGACUCCCCACUUGAUGUGGAUCAUGUUAACAUUCUAGCUCACUCUCAACAUCAACACGGCUGGACCGCCCAGGCUUUGACUCUGAAACCAAAUUAAAUAACCCCUGGUUCAGCUUUAAACUAGGACAGAGGGAGCCAACCCUGUGUAUUACUAUCAUCUCUGAGUGUGGACUCACUGAGGGUUAUUGAAGAGAAUGAGACCAUGAAAGCAGCAGUUGAUAGGGAGUUGUGGUCUGGGGUGUUGUGCUCGGCCUGGCUGGAGUGGAGAUAAGAGCUUGGGCGAGCGAGAAAGCAGAGGUUUGAUGAGACCAGAGCAGAAUACAAAGCAGCGUCUGCCGUCCCUCCGCUGGACUUCAGCGUCAAACCAAUAUUAGUGUGUCUACUGAAAUAAUAACGCCAACAGUUGUGCAUUGAAAGGUACGAGUAUAACCAAAAUCUCUAAUAUGAAACUAAAUAGCAGUCAUCACUUUUGAGACGAUCAAAACGGAGAUAAACAAAUAACCCAGUGUGUCUUCAAGACUGAAAUAAGGAAUAAAGGAUCCAUCACGUCCCAUGGAUACGUGUGACAACCAACAGUGACAUCCAUCGAUGCAGCCCUCUUUACCAUGCGGAGAAGACAAAGUGAAUCGUUGGCUCUGUUCGAUUGAGGUGAUGUGGCUCAUCUAGACCUGGAACAAAGGGUUACAGGGGAACGGCGAGAUGGAUCAGGAUAAUAGCUCCGUUGAUUCAAUCUUCACCAAUGCCACAGAGAGCCCCAAACCUUCAGAGGCACCCUGGGACGAGGCCAUUCUCCUAGGUCUGCAGAUCUUCCUGUCGGCCAUCCUGGCCAUCAUCACCCUGGCCACCGUACUGUCCAACGCCUUUGUUAUAGCCACCAUCUUCCUGACCCGGAAGCUACAUACGCCAGCCAAUUUUCUGAUCGGCUCGCUGGCCGUGACAGACCUGCUGGUGUCCAUCCUGGUCAUGCCUAUCAGCAUCGUGUACACAGUGAGUAAGACUUGGUCCCUGGGGCAGAUCGUCUGCGACAUCUGGCUGUCAUCAGACAUCACCUUUUGCACCGCCUCCAUCCUGCACCUGUGUGUCAUCGCGCUGGACCGCUACUGGGCCAUCACUGAUGCCCUGGAGUACUCCAAGCGCCGGACGAUGCGUCGAGCGGGCCUGAUGAUAGCGGUGGUGUGGGUGAUCUCCAUCUCUAUCUCCAUACCGCCGCUCUUCUGGAGGCAGGCCAAGGCCAACGAGGAAGUGAUGGAGUGCCUGGUAAAUACGGACCAGAUCUCCUACACGCUCUACUCCACCUUUGGGGCCUUCUACGUGCCCACCGUGCUGCUGAUCAUCCUCUAUGGCCGGAUCUACGUGGCCGCCCGCUCGCGCAUCUUCAAGACUCCGGUGUCGUCCGGCAAGCGUUUCACCACAGCCCAUCUCAUCCAGACUUCAGCCGGCUCCUCCCUCUGCUCCAUCAACUCUUCCGCCUCCAACCAGGAGAGCCACCUGCAACCCGGAGGGGGAACCAGCGGAGGUGGAGGAGGAGGCAGAGGUGGGUCGCCUCUCUUCAAUAGCGUGAAGGUGAAGCUGGCAGACAGCGUGCUGGAGAGGAAGCGUCUGUGCGCCGCUCGGGAGAAGAAGGCCACCAAGACGCUGGGCAUCAUCCUGGGAGCCUUCAUCGUGUGCUGGCUGCCUUUCUUUGUGGGUACCCUGGUACUGGCCAUUUGCAAAGAAUGCUGGUUCCACCCAGUGCUCUUCGACGUGUUCACCUGGCUUGGCUAUCUGAACUCGCUCAUCAAUCCCGUCAUCUACACCGCCUUCAAUGACGAGUUCAAACUGGCCUUCCACAAACUCAUCAAGUUCAAGAGAUGCUACUGAGGGAAUGCGAGGAUUGAACAUUCAAAAUUUAAAUCCAUAACCUAGUCUCUCGCCUUACCGGUAUGAUAAUAUAGGGCCUAUUCAUAGAAACACUGUUGCAUUAGUUCAUGUUGUAAACACACAUGCUCAUUGUGUUUGGUCUCUGUACAUUUUUCUGUACAUUGUAACUUCAUUGACCAGCUUAUGAGGUGCCACAGCUCAUUCAGAUAUUUCCUUAAUACAGAUGUAUGCAUGCAUUUCUAAAAGAAGAGAGAGUAAAACAUAUUCAGACUACAAAACUCCUUAUGAAUGAGGGUUUGGGUUUGGAUAUUACAGACCCCAAAAGAACAGACUUUUCAUACAUUGAGACAAAUUAAUGAGACUACGCAGUAUGAGACUGGGAUCUCCUUUGGAUGGUAGACAUGAGGGGAUUGAUCCAUGGAUUAUAACUGAGAAGCGGAUUAUAAACUCCCAUCGUACUGGAAAAGCCAUAGCAUGUUGUCACAGAAAUGUCACAUUACAGAGGCUCA